AUGUCCAUUAUCACCCAUCAAGUCCGCUCUGUGGCAGCAACAGAGACGCCUUAUGACGACUUCUUCCGUGCAGAGCAUCUACGUACUUCCACACAAAGCCUCCACAGCAUCUUUGUUACCACUCAAGCUUUUUUGGAGGGUGACUCAGGCAUUGUUGCCUUCAAGACACACACGGGGGGUAUCAUGACUAUUACACCGUCUGGGUACUCCCUUUUAGAAGCAUCAUACAAGGAUAACACCUAUUGCCUGGGAGCAAUAGACACAGGAAUAUUUGAGAAAAAGAUACGGUUUGCUACUCUUGCAGUAAACCCCUUGGAGCAUCUGGGGGAUAACAUAGCCCUGCUCAGCACAACCAACGAGUUACUAGUGUAUAGACUGGAAAACAAGCAAUUUAUCAAGAAAGGUAUGCUUUCUCUGACUGGAUAUUUGAUGGGCGUCAGGUCCGACGCAGGACAGAGCUGUUCUGAGAAUCAGACGACCCGGAGUGAAGUGGCUGACGCUACCAAUCCGGUGGCUGCUGUGAGCGGCAAAGGGCCAGACACAUGCGGGACUUCCGACACACACGAUAUUCUUGAUACGCUCGUCGCAUCCUACCAAAGCAACAUUUCGUCAAAGUUUCCUGCGGCCAAGUCCAAGGAGGAUAUUGCCGAGCAUCUAUGUUCUUGUGCAAUUGGAAGGGAGUUUUUGGCAUUUUCCAUCGAUAAGUUCUUUUAUUUAGUACGGAUCUUAGACACCUCUUCGUGCGGCAUGCCUGCAAUCGUAUUGAAGCGUGGUUUUUCGUCUGAAAUUAACUCUCUAUACAUAUUAUCCGAUGGGCCGAAGGACGUAACGCUUGUCGUCAGUUCUGGAUCUAUCUGCUCCAUUGUCAAAGUCACUGGACUUGACACUGGCUCACCCAAGUCGGACACACGAACAUUUUCACUUUCACAACCGGUGUCUCGCGACUCGUUGGCCUACGUUACGGCGGUGGCGGUGUCACCGUUUGUAGCAGACUACUGGUUGCUGGGCACAAAUCAGGGUCAGCUCCUUGUUAUGUCACUAAAGUCAGAACAGCCCAUCUUUUCUACCUUACUCUCCUCCCUCCCUAUCACCUCCCUCUCCUUCAGCUCGCUCCAGCCGGAUGUCUUUUCUGUCUCAUCCAGACAUAAGAUCAUGAUCUGUCAAUAUGUAUUUUCCCUAGUCAUUAUGGCACAGUUUACAGCCCCGCAAUUUGUCUCAAUCAUUGCAGGGGGUAUUCAUUGCAUAGCCCCCGCACAGCCCCUCAGUCUCUGGUACGGUCUCGAUAACAACAAGCUUAUCUUUGAAUCCCUAGGGGUGAACUACCCCAAGUGGACAAGGAAGGUUAUCACGUCAUUCCUCCGGGGAGCGUCCAGUAUGCAGGUGAUAUACGAUAAGGUACUCUGCGCUUGUCGCCAGUAUAGUGCUGAGUUUGUUGAGAAUUACGUAUCAUUCUCGUCUCUAUUGUAUGCUCGUGACUUCAAGCAGUGCUAUAGCUUUAUUUUUUCCUUGGUGAACGCAAUAGAUGAAUCCGGGAUGCCGCUGGCCACAGAACUUAUGCAGUACUUUUUUGGACUUCUGCGACCUAUUCAGCAAUAUUUUCAGGUUUCCCAGACGACAUCUGUUCUCAAGCCAGUGCCUUUGACGCCGUCGCUUAAUAAGGUGCUGGCAGGCUUCAGUCUCUCCAUCCCUUCAUCUUUGGAUAAGAAAUACUGCCUUAUGCCUAGCUUAACAGAAGCCAUGCAGUACUCUGCUUAUGAAAUACGCUUCAGACUCGAUGACACCUGCAACCGCAUGAAGCUAUCGGAGGGCCAGAUCAAAGACAAGCUUUUAAAGGAGUUACAUAUACUUUUAGAUAAGUCAGUCGAAGCGUGCCUGAAGGUAAAGGAUGAUCCCAUCGUCUCACUUGUCUUAUUGAGAUAUAUCUUUGACGUUGCUGUUCUAAUAGACAGAAAGAGACACGACGUGACGGUCUAUAGAUAUUUUUCUGAGCUAUUGGAUGUGCUGCGGAUAAAUUCCAAUGCGGUGGCAACGUUUUUGAAGCCGAUUUAUCCCAGUACCCUUUCUCUCCGCGGAACCAUAAGGCUAGAUGAAUUCUUCAUGGCUGUAGUUGCACCAAUCAAACACAUUAUAAAUAAUUUUGGCGAUAGCAAGGAUGUUAAACAAAACGAUCUAACCUGGUCUGAGCAUGCCAUCUGGGCGCUUUACACCAGCGUACUCCAUCCAUCCACUCGCGCUGUGGCAGAUUAUGAAUAUAGAGACAAUGUGUCUGCUGCUGAGUAUCCGACACUCACAGUACUUCUGUCGCAGGGUCGGCCUGCAGUUGGUACAGAUGGAGGGCCGUCGCAAGAUAUGGUAUCCUCCGUUACCGAUCUUUGCAGAAGACAAGAUAGGCUUUUUGGCGCCAUAGCCGAGUCGAACAAGGUCCCGAUGACCCCAGGGACUUUCGCAGAGUUACUAGAUGGCAGGCUAGGCAACCAGCUGAUGGGCUCCCAGUUCGUUCUUCUAGAAUCUCUCUAUGGCUAUAUCUAUUCACACACAACAAGGGAAAAUUUACGAAAACUCGAAGAGCUGUGUUCAUCACUGAUAGCCAUAUUUAACGAUGAAAUCAUUGGCACGCGUAGUCAUAGACAAGUUGACUCGAUCGCCUGGGCUGGAUCUGGUAUCCACAGUGUAACAAUGGGUGUGACAGUUGAUAAACCUAUAGAAGUGACAGGAAGCCCUCACAAGGACAAGAUAUACAAGCAUUUUGGCUUGACGGAGGUUACUACUCCUAUCAAGAAAUAUGAAAGCAUCUUUGUACCGUUUCCAAUCCUUGGCGCCAUCUACGGAGUCAUCAUGACAGUUUUUUGGCCCCGGACUCUCCAUGAUUUAAGCAGGAAAAUAAAUAAUGUGGGAGCAGACCUUCUUAGCGAGUUUCUGUCAGAACUGUGUGAAAUCCUGACAAAUGUGUAUGUUAUGGCGAACAUCUCCCCGAAUGAGUUCAUAGAGCGUUAUGUUCCUAACGAGGUCUGUAACAUGUUCAGGUAUAAUAUACAAGGCACGCGUGUGAGAGGGAUAUUGGAGAGAUUUAUAAAGUUAUAUGUCUCUAGCAUCCAAAAGACCUCGGAUCCAGCCAAGGUAGCCAUUUAUCAGCAAGACAUGGCCACGUGCAAGACGUUAAUGAGCUUCUUUGCAAGCGUACGACUCACGGAAUUCGAAUCGGCAAUUGAUAAGCUACGGAGAGAAAUAAGCAACGCUUUGACGUAG